AGCUCAUCUCAGGAUGCUGCCAAGACCACUACAGCACAGUUACACAAUGCCCAUCCCUGGGGUAUUUAAGAAAGUCGCAGAGGGGCAGCAGUUACAGAGAACCGUCGGGACAGUGGAUAACCCAAAAAGGUUCAGAGGCCAAGAUUUCAAUAGUAUCAGAGAGUCAUGCGUGAGCAGGAGGCAGUUAUUUGAAGAUGACACCUUUCCUGCAAGUCUAAUUUCCGUCGGCCAACAACUGCUGCCCAAGGACAAGCUCCUGAGCAUCAAAUGGAAAAGGCCAAACGAAAUUCACAGAGACCCUCGUUUUUUGUUGGAUGGAGCGAGCAUAUUGGAUAUAGUCCAAGGAGAAAUUGGCGAUUGCUGGGUUCUAGCCGCAGUUGGCAGUCUGACAUUGCACAGAAAAUUCCUUGAAGAUGUGAUCCCCAAGGACCAAGAGUUUACAUAUAAAUAUGCCGGGAUUUUUCAUUUUCGGUUCUGGCAGUUUGGAGAAUGGGUGGAUGUUGUUGUCGAUGAUAGACUACCUACCCUUAAUGGAAAAUAUCUGUCAGUCCAGCCCCGCAGCAACAAUGAAUUCUGGCCAUCGCUACUGGAGAAGGCUUACGCUAAACUACGUGGCUCAUAUCAGAAUUUGCACUGGGGUUUCAUUUCGGAAGCUUUGGUGGAUUUCACGGGUGGGAUACAGAUGGAUUUCAUUUUAACCAAGCCCCCCGUGGACUUGCGAGACAUUGUCUUAGCAGCUGCAAAGUCUGGCUCCCUCGUGGGCAGUACAACUCCUGGAGGUCAACAAUCUGGAAAUGCGGAAUUGCAAAACGGCCUUGUUCGGGGUCAUGCCUACACCGUGACCAAUGCCACACAGAUUACCUACAACAACAGAACGGAGGAUAUAGUUCAGGUCUGGAACCCGUGGGGACAAGGGGAAUGGAAUGGACGAUGGAGCGACAACUCACCACAGUGGGAACGGGUUUCACCUGAAAUUCGUAGCAAACUAAAUGUCCAGAGGAAUGAUGGCGAAUUUUGGAUGUCUUGCCAAGACUUCAUGCAGAAUUAUAAUCAGUUGAGCAUCUGCAACUACACCCCAAGUUAUUUGGACUUUGACAGCCCCCAAUUUAUUUGGAAAUCCAGUUCUUAUUUUAACCAAUGGGUGAGAGGAAGUACUGCGGGCGGCUGUAGUACUGCAGAUGACAUCUGGAAAAAUCCACAAUAUGUUAUAAAUGUGUUGGAAUCAGAGGGCGAUAAAAGAUGUUACAAUGUGGCUGUGGCAUUAAUGCAAGGUCUCAGUAACGAGCGCAAGUUUAAUCCUCCGUGGUUACGAAUCGGAUUCGCAUUUUGCCGGGUUGGUUCCAAGGGCGUGAAGAAUGGAUCGCAGCAGAAAUACUCCCGCCAGCAAGUGAUAGAAACUAUAAACUCAGGCCUGGAGAGGUCACGGGAAAUCAGCCGAUCUUUUAUGGCUCCACCUGGGACAUACGUCAUCAUUCCUUUCACUGAAAUCAAAGGACAGGAGUCAGAGUUCCUCCUCCGAAUCUUUACAAAGACCAAAGAGAUUGAAGAAUCUUCUUCUCCUCAACCAGAUUUAAGAGAAGACAGCUCAGCAUCAUUUCCUAGUGACACACCGUCAAAGAAUAAUUAUUCAAAAUCUGUGCCAAGCAAUGUAACUUCAACGCCAUAUUCCAACGGGACGUUAUCAAACGAAAUUGACUCUCGAAAUACCAUGCCGACUCCAAAGGCUGUUCUCAAACGCUAUCAAGAUUUUAAUUAUGAAAACAUUUUCUAUCGUUAUGCCAACCAGAGAUCGGAGAUGUAUGCCGAAGAUCUACAAAAGCUUCUCAAUGAUGUCAUUAUCACAGAUCAAACCUUCGUUGCUGACAGGGGAGAUUUCACCUUGGAUGCCUGUAGAGGGAUUUUAAUAUUGAUGGAUCUUAACGCAAAUGGAAGGCUUAGUCUUGACGAAUUUGGUCGCCUUUGGAAACGCCUGAAUUUGUGCAAAGAUCUAUUCAGGUCCAUUGAUGUCAAUCAAACAGGGUUCAUUGAUGCUUUCGGUUUAAAAAAAGCAGUUCAAGAAACAGGACUCGUGGUGAGCGACGACGUGUUGAGUGUGAUGGUUAUGAGAUAUGCAGACUCUUCCGAAAAGAUGAUUUUCUCCGAUUUUGUUUGCUGUAUGAUCCGUCUCGGGACUGUAACAGGGGUCUUCAAGAAUUUAACUAGAGACGGAAGAGGUCUGUAUCUAACUGGAGAACAGUGGAUGCAGAUGGUGAUGUCCAGCUGAGAUCAAUAUAUGACAUGAUACCAAACAGGGGAAUGUGAUCGUUCCGCAGAAAUGAAUGGAGUUCGUUAUCUUCCAAAAUAAAUCUGAAUACAUUCAAGACAUUAAAUGAACUGACUGGUCCCAUAUUGUAAAUAUUAGACUAGCUUUAUACGAUUAUUUAAAAUGUGUGUGUAUAUAUAAUAAAUAAAAUGAUCUGAAAACAAAA